AUGAAAAAGUCUGAUUAUUUCACUAUUUAUGAAAAUUUUUUUAAAGAUGCUAAUGAUUUUUUAAAUACAGUUGAAACAAAAAAUAAUUUUUUUGACUAUAGCAGUGAAUCAAGCACAGACAAUAAAAAUGAAGAGGAUGAUGGCGUGAAUAAUAAAAAUGGGAAAUAUGUUGAUUUUUACAUAAAUGCAGAAAGUAAUAAAGUCAUAUGCAAAAAUAAUUUAUUAGAAAAUGAGAAAAAAAUAAGCAGUAGUAAUCUAAAUUUUUCUUCAAGAAUUUUGUUAUGCUACAAAAAUACACAUAAUUUAUGCUUAUCUUAUAAACCAUAUAGCGAUAAUACUUAUUAUGAUUCAUCAAAUGUAAAUUAUUCUAUAUCUAUUUUUAAAAAAAAAGUUCCAACUUUUGAUAAUAAAGGAGAGGAAUAUUCUCUUAAAAAAAAGAAUGAAAGCAAAAUUUUGAGUAUUUUUUAUAAAUGGAUACUUUUCCAUAAAAAAGAAGAUUCUAAUUUUAUAAAAGAACAAAAAAAAAAAAUUAAAAAUAGAGAAAGCAUAACGAAGAAGAUUGAUGAAGAAAGAAAUAUGCUUAAUGAUAAAAAAAAAAAGAAACUUUAUAGUAUAAAGAAUAAUAAUAAUUUAAAUAUGAAUUCAAAACAAACAGAAGAAAAUUUAAAAAAAGACCAGCAUAUUAAUGAAGUUAAAAAGAGAAAAAAAGGAAAAAAAGGAAUAUCUUAUGAGCAUUUGUUGAAGCCUAGUAAAUAUGAUUAUGAUGCUUUUUGCUUAUUUAAUCCUCGAUUUAAACAAGGAAAACAUCAUACUGUAAUGUAUUUACAAAGUUAUAAUGUUUCUAUAAUUCCUUUUGUUAAACCGAAAAAAUUAAAAGAAAAAGUAAAUGAAUUAUUUAGUGAAAUUAAUCCAUGGAUACAUAAAUCCUUAACAUUAUCAAAAUUAAGAAAUUUAAAAAUUGAUCUUUUUAAUUUAAUAAAUCAUAUCCCAGAAAUUGAUAUUUCUACUAUUUCGUGUGCAUGGGUAUUUUUUGAAAGACUUGUUAUUAAGGGAUAUGUUCAUAAAUUUAAUAGAAAAUUAUACGCAGCUACAUGUCUUAUUUUAUCAUUGAAAUUUUAUCAACAUGAUGAUAUUCAAAUAUUAGAAAAAUUGCUUUCUUAUAUUCAAAAAUUAGAUAAAAAAGAAAAUUUAACUCCUUCUUUAAUUUUUUCAGUAGAAUUUCUAGUUUAUCGUUUACUUGAUUUUUCACUUCAACAUACUUAUGAAAAUAUUCGUCCUCAUAUACAUCAAUAUUUAGAAUCCAAGGAACUGAAGUUUGAAGAUGUAUAUGGUGCUUCUGAAGACGUAUAUUUAUACUCUAAUUAUGCAAAUAAAUCAUAA